GUCUGGAGUUGUCUCACUGCGUAGGGACCAACUCGCUGGGCCCCGCUGUGCCCUGGAGGUCCGGAGGGCCCUGCAAGAUGAAGAGGGUCCGCACCGUCUUCAAACCGGAGCAGCUGGAGCGGCUGGAGCAAGAGUUCCUCAAGCAGCAGUACAUGGUGGGCACCGAGCGAGUGGACCUGGCCGCAACCCUGCAUCUCACGGAGACUCAGGUGAAGGUCUGGUUCCAGAACCGGAGGAUCAAGUGGAGGAAGCAGAGCAUGGAGCAGAAGGCAGCGAAGCUGUCGCAGUUCAGGGUGAUCCAACCUGCCACCGCGGACUCCACGGACAUCAAGGAGCACGAGGAGGACACUGUGGACGUUGAGCUUUGA